AGGAGCAGUGUGAGAAGUGGAUCGAGAACCCGGAUAGUUUUGUAGAGGAGGAAGAUGAAGAUACUUUCGCAUAUUCUGUUAGAAUAUCAUCUCAGGAUUUGCUGAUAGCUCUUUGUGCUGAAUUUGAGGAAGAGAGUUGUAUCAGCCUCGCUCAGACAAUAGAACGUCAUGUGACCGAGGCCGGAGAAAGACGAGCCUCCGGUGUAGAAGAAUGGUGGAAACUUCAUGAGGCUGUUAUGCUUGCCCUUGGGUCCGUGCAGGAGGUUAUAGAAACCCAGAUAUGUGCGCGCAAAGUCAACUUUGAUAUUGGAAACUUUUUGACCGGAGUAGUGCUCUCAGAUCUAAACAGUCCUGUUCAUCCGUUCCUUCUUGGUCGUUGUCUGUGGGUUGCAUCCAAGUUCCCGUCUCAUCUUCCUCAAUCUGCUAUAACCUCUUUCCUUGAAGGAACCGUACGCGGCCUCCAGGAAGGGCAACCUCAUCCAGUUCGAAUCUCCGCUGUGCGCGCUAUUUGGGGUUUCUGUAAUCAUCUACGGAACCAGGAGGCUGGAGACGCGUCUAAAUCUCUCCUGGUCCCCCUCCUCCCUGCCCUGGUAAACGGACUCGUCAACAUGUGUGCCAACUUCAGCCAGUCGUCAGAGAUACUAGGACUUAUCAUGGAGAACCUUGCUGUUGUUCUAGACUGUGAUCCCAAGUUUACCGCCUCUCAAGAAUCAAAAGUAGCUCCGUUAGCUAUCGCCAUAUUUCUGAAAUAUAGUAGUGACCCUGUGAUAACCUCCCUUUCUCAAGAUAUAUUUAAAAUACUGUCGGAGAACCCAGAUUGCGCUGUUCCCCUUCAAACCCGUCUCAUCCCUGCUUUGCUCUCCAUCCUUAAUCCCCAGGAACCGUUCUCAGGUCUUAAGAGCGACGCUCUGGACGUCUUGGCAACCAUUGUUCGGUCCUCUCCGCUACCCCUCUCUGAUCAUCUGAUGCAGGUCGCCUUCCCUGCAACAGUCGAGGUUACCCUUUCUACUGAUGACAACGCUGUGCUGCAGAGUGGUGGAGAAUGUUUAAGAGCGUAUAUUUCCAAGUCCCCGGACCAGAUUUGCGGAUUUACUGAUCCUGGCGGGAAAACUGGUCUUCAGCAUAUUGUUAAUGUUGCCGGACACCUACUCAACCCAGCAGCUUCAGAAUCCUCAGCAACCUUUGUAGGUCGUCUCGUUACAAGUCUCAUUCAGAAGACGGGAGACAGACUUGGAGAAAAUCUAGAUCUACUCCUCAAAGCUGUUCUCUCCAAGCUUCAGAGGGCUGAGACCCUAUCUGUAGUUCAAAGUCUUAUCCUCGUGUACGCCCAGCUUGUUCAUUCUCAAUUAGACGCAGUUCUCACGUUUCUCUCCAGUGUGCCCGGUCCUACGGGCAACUCUGCUUUGCAUUUCGUGAUGUCGGAAUGGGUUUCUAAACAGCAUCUUUUCUACGGAUCCUACGAGACAAAAGUAAGCUUGAUGGCUCUUGGUAAACUUCUACAAUACGGAGUAAACAACAACGAUGAUCGUCUAAACGAGAUUACGGUUCGAGGGGACGAGGUUUUCUCAGAGGGUGGACCUAGAACUAGAUCCUCCCAGGCUACCCGUCCUGUUCAGUAUACUAGUGUUCCACUGCUAGCUAAGAUCAGUAAACUGCUACUCCUGGAGAUGGGAACCCAGCUGGAGAUGGCAGAAGAGAGUGAGGAGGAGGAAGAGGAAAGUGACGAUGAACUCAGUCAGGACGGAGAUAGUGGAUUGAACACUAGCGGAGGUGUGCGGAACGGAGUAAACCUGUCCGACUUGCUGGCCUCCGGAGCAGAGCUGGUGGAUCUCGAGGACGAGGAGGAGGACCAGGAUUAUAAGCUGGAUCCCAUCUAUUCCAUUGAUCUCAAGAAAUAUCUAUUCUCAUUCCUCAGGGAGUUUUCUCAGCAGCCUUGCUUUCAGCACUUUAUUCCCCAUCUCAAUCAGGCAGAGAAGAGAACCCUGCACCAGAUACAGGCUGUCUAAUUCAUGAUACAGGCUGUCAAAUAUUGAUAUUCCUGGUACAGGGUGCCAAAUCUAGAUAUCGGUUCCUACAACUGAGAAUUUCCUUCUAUCCAAUUUUUGUACCUUCUUUAAAAACUCGUUAAUUACUCUCCGGGCAUUCUAAAAAAUGUGAUAUUUUUAUACUUGAGAAAAGGUUGAGAAUUUCCAAUAGGAUAAUUUGAAGAUUGAAAAUUGAUUUUGUACAUCAAUAAGUAAAGUUUAUUGUACAGAGCGUAGCGUACACACUACAUAGAGUCACUCCUAUAUUCCAGAAACUGGCGCCUUCAUAUAUUUUAUGUAAACCUUGAACCGUUGAUAUUUUUUCAGA